AUGGGCAAUUCAUGUCGUGGAUCUUUCAAGGACAAAUUCUACCUAGGCAAUAACAACUCUAAGCCUGAAGAUAACUCCAAAACCACUUCAGAUCGCUCUGUCUCCGACCAUUCUCCGACCAACAACAACAACGAUUCAGACAUUACUGCUCAAGAAUUCUCCAAAGACAACGACAGCAACAAAAAUCCAGCUCUUGUUAUUCCUUUAAGAGAACCAAUCAUGAGGCGUAACAUGGAUAAUCAAGCUUACUAUGUUCUUGGUCAUAAAACACCAAACAUUCGUGAUCUCUAUACUCUGAGUCGUAAGUUAGGACAAGGUCAGUUUGGAACAACUUAUCUAUGUACAGAACUUGCUACAGGCGUUGACUAUGCGUGUAAGUCAAUAUCAAAGAGGAAAUUGAUCUCUAAGGAAGAUGUUGAGGAUGUUAGAAGGGAGAUUCAGAUUAUGCAUCAUUUAGCUGGCCACGGUAACAUCGUGACGAUUAAAGGAGCUUAUGAGGAUUCUUUGUAUGUUCACAUUGUCAUGGAGCUUUGUGCUGGAGGUGAAUUGUUUGAUAGGAUUAUUCAGAGAGGUCAUUAUAGCGAGAGGAAAGCCGCCGAGCUUACUAAGAUCAUUGUCGGUGUUGUUGAAGCGUGUCAUUCGCUCGGUGUUAUGCAUAGAGACUUGAAGCCUGAGAAUUUCUUGUUGGUUAAUAAGGAUGAUGAUUUCUCCCUCAAGGCUAUUGAUUUUGGACUAUCUAUCUUUUUCAAACCAGGUCAAAUAUUCACUGAUGUUGUUGGAAGUCCAUAUUAUGUUGCUCCUGAGGUUCUGCUCAAACGUUAUGGCCCUGAAGCUGAUGUAUGGACUGCUGGUGUUAUACUGUAUAUAUUGCUAAGCGGAGUCCCGCCUUUCUGGGCAGAAACACAGCAAGGGAUAUUUGAUGCUGUGUUAAAGGGAUAUAUCGACUUUGAGUCAGACCCAUGGCCUGUGAUAUCGGACAGUGCUAAAGACUUGAUCCGAAGAAUGUUAACCUCCAAGCCUGCAGAUCGCUUGACCGCUCAUGAAGUCUUGCGUCAUCCAUGGAUAUGCGAGAAUGGUGUUGCACCAGAUAGAGCACUUGAUCCGGCUGUUUUGUCUCGUCUCAAACAGUUCUCUGCAAUGAAUAAACUAAAGAAGAUGGCUUUGAAGGUUAUCGCUGAGAGCCUCUCGGAAGAAGAGAUUGCGGGUUUAAGAGAAAUGUUUCAAGCGAUGGAUACUGAUAACAGUGGUGCAAUCACUUUCGAUGAACUCAAAGCCGGGCUGAGGAAAUAUGGAUCGACCUUGAAAGACACAGAGAUCCAUGAUCUAAUGGAUGCGGCUGAUGUGGACAACAGUGGGACAAUAGAUUACAGUGAGUUCAUUGCAGCGACGAUCCAUCUCAACAAACUCGAGCGAGAAGAGCAUCUUGUAUCUGCGUUUCAAUACUUUGACAAAGACGGAAGCGGCUACAUAACAAUCGAUGAGCUGCAACAAGCGUGUGUUGAACAUGGUAUGGCUGAUGUUUUCCUCGAAGACAUCAUCAAGGAAGUUGAUCAAAACAAUGACGGAAAGAUUGAUUAUGGCGAGUUUGUGGAGAUGAUGCAAAAGGGAAAUGCUGGUGUUGGAAGAAGAACUAUGAGAAAUAGUCUAAACAUUAGCAUGAGAGACGCAUAG